GGCGUCCAUUGCUCAUUGUAGUCCAUUUUGGUUUGUGAUCCGUUGUCGGCAAGUUGUGUCCGUGUAUUUGUGUAGUGAGGUAUUCUUGUCUUCAUUCCAUCUUCUCCAAACUCAUUCAGAUUAGUAAUGGCCGACGCACCCGAAGCAGUUGCCGCUGAUGCUGGGAGCGCUCCCCAAUCAUCAGGUCCUCCUCAGAGAGGUGGGGGAUUCAGAGGUCGAGGUGGUCCCGGGGGUCGUGGUGGCCCGGGAGGUCCAGGGGGACUUCGAGGACGCGGAGGCUUCAGAGGCCGUGGUGGCCCUGGAGGACCUCCAGGUAGAGGCGGGCCUAUGAUGCGAGGGCGUGGCGGACUUAGAGGAGCUCCGAGGGGACGUUUUCCACCAGGUGGACCAGGUUCUUUCCAGGGUGGCCCUCCAGGAGGACCAGGAGGUGAUGGUCCUUUACCACGAGGUGGCGGACGUGGAAUGGGACGAGGAGGACCUGGUGGUGGUUUCCGGGGAGGUCGGGGUGGUCCCGGGGGUGCUGACAGGGGAGGUAUGGGUGGUAUGGGUGUAAGAGGUGCGGGCCGAGGGGCCCCCAGAGGAGGAAGACCCUACGGAGCUCCAAGGGGAGGCCGGGGGGGACCAGGAGGCCCAGUGAGUGGAUUUGGCCCUCAGAAGAGAGGCCCUGGACAGUAUGAAUCAAACCAAGGAGGACCAGGAGGCCCUGGACCAAAGAGGCCUAGGUUUGACAAUGGGGGACAGGGACAGAAUGGUUAUGGCCAAGGUGGUGGUGGUGGAUAUGGACAAUCCUACAAUACGCAGCAGUAUGGCGGUGGUCAAUCAUACGGAAGUGGUGGCCAAGGCUAUAAUCAAUAUGGCGGAGAAGCAUCCACUGGUGGUUACGAAAGCGGUGGCUACUCCACAUCAUACAAUUCUGGCGCCAGUGGGUACGGAGGCGGUCAAGAUUACUCUGGAGGAUAUGGAGCAUCGCAGAGUUCGGGGUACGGAGCACAGGGAGGUUAUAGCAGUGGACAACAGGGUUACAGUAGUCAGGCAGGAGGAUAUGAAGAUAGGAGUGGAGGAUAUUCGGCGGGUGGAUAUGGCGGAUAUUGAGCAAGAGACAAUACCGUUCUUGUUAAGACUUAACCAACAGUGCGUGUGUCCAAAUUUUGGCAGUAUUCUAAGUGUAUUAUAAAAGGAAAUUCAGACACUUUUAUUUAAAUCAGCUGAGCUGUCAUUCGUGUUACUACUCCCUAUAAUGAUCCCUAUAAUGUAAAAAGACUCCCGAAGGCCACGAAGAUGAUCAUCAGAUUUGAAAAAAACUAUUACCAACAUUUUCUGUAACUCCGUAGUUAUGAUAAUAUGGAAAGUUGAAAGACAAAUUUUAUGUAUUAAUAUGAAUGGUUCUAACAAUUACGUUAUAUGAAUGAAAGUAGAUCAGGAUUUUGGGUUGUUUUUGUGACAAACUUACCACCCCUCGAAAUGGCUCAACAAAUGAAGAAUUAAAACCUUCCAGGUUUGAUCUUAGAUUUAUAAUGGAAACAAGUAGGAUAUUCAUUCUGUAUUAUAUGGAACUUUUUUUAUGAACAUGUCUCCCAUUUAUAAUACAAGAAUUUCCACAUAAAAGCAACCUCGGAUCUCCCGAAACGCUUCCUAAAAAUAUUGUAAUUGUAAUGAUGAAAAGAAAAUUGCACGAAAUAAAUAAUUGGAAACUGAAUUUCCAUAUGUUGACAAUGAACAUGUAAUAGAUCUGAUAUAAAAUGGACAUAGGAAAAUAUUCCUUUUUUUUCUGUAAAUCUUUAAAUUUCAAUAGUUGUACAAAAUUUAAAUUGACUCUUAACGUUUUGUCUUGAUUUGAGCUCUUCUGUAGUAUUUUUCGAAUAUCCGCCUGUAUAUCUGUUAAGUUAGUGUACAUUGAAAUAGAUGUGAACAUGAUCAUAUAAUUUAGCGCAUGCUCUUGAUGCGGCAACGAGGACAGUUCAACUUUUGAAGCAUUUUCCAGAACAUUGUGGCUAACGUAUAACAAAUGAAGUUGAUGAUUUUUUUAUACUUGUAGUUAGGUUAAGUUUUAUUCUAUUGAAAUGGAUGUCUCUCCCGAACUGGGUCACAUUUCAAGAAAUUAACAUUAUUUUGAAUUGAGACCACUUGAGAAAUAACUUGAAGCAGUAACUUAAAUUAUUAUAAUUUGUAUAUAAAGAAUUUUGUGUUUCAAUUUGAAGUGCUGUAGGUAUCCUUUUAGUGGCUCCAAGAUGUGAUACAUUUAAACAAAUAAAAAAUGAAUUAACGAAUUCAAAA